AUGAAGCUGUUGGUGGUACUUGCCGCUUUUAUAGCAUUAUGCGCUGGAACCGCAAUUCCUCUGAUGCCAGGGGAUAACAGCCACUAUGUCGAGGGCGAGAGCCGAUAUAUCUGGAUGCCUGAUGGCGAAGGAGUUCCCCAUCUAGUGGACCUGCGGGAACCAGUUGAUGAAGAUUUCUUGCGCACCAGAAAUGGCACCAACAAUCAUUACUGGCUGUACACCAGAUUGAAUCCGACCAACCCCCAAAGGAUUGUUCAUGGGAACGUUCAUACUAUUUGGUCUUCCAACUACAAUGCCAGCCGCCCGCUGAAGGUUAUCGCCCACGGCUGGAACAAUAAUUUAAACAGUAAUAUCAACCCUCUACUCAGAGAUGCCUUCUUGAACGUUUCUGAUGCCAACGUCAUAGUGCUUGACUGGUACCAUCUCGCCGGCGGUUUCUACACCAGUGCCGUCCGUGGCAUUCCCAGUGUUGGAUAUUCCCUUGGAAUGUUCCUGGUGUGGCUGAUCGAUACCGCUGGAGGAAACUGGGACACUGUCCAUCUGGUCGGACACAGUCUGGGCGCUCACGUCGUCGGCAAUGCCGGUCGCGCGGCGGGCGGACGGGCCGCCCGAGUAACUGGUCUAGACCCCGCCGGCCCAUUGUGGGGGGGAAACAGUAACGCCUUAAAUGCCAACGACGGCGUGUACGUUGAAUGUAUUCAUACUGACGGCGGUCUGCUCGGCAUCCACGAUCCCAUCGGCAAUGCCAAUUUCUACCCCAAUGGUGGUAGAAACCCCCAGCCCGGCUGCUGGAUCAGCACUUGCUCCCACAGCCGUGCCUACCAGCUGUUCGCGUCCACUGUUGUGAACAAUCAUCUGAAUGGCCAAAUGUGCGACAACAUCGACCAAGUUCAACACAACCAGUGCUCAGGGCGCACAUUCCCAAUGGGCAACGGCGUUCUUCCAAAGUCUGGAUCUGGAUUGUUCAGACUAACGACCACAAGUUCUUACCCUUAUUAA